CCUUUUAUGGCCACGAAAAAAAAAACAAAUUACGCGCUAUUUUCGUGUCAGAGAUACUUCAUGAAACUCGCAAAAACUUUCAGGAGAGACGUUAUAGUAUAUAAAUCGAGGAUUAAAUGGUUAAAUCACAACUAUGAUAUAAAUACACUAUUCAAACCCUAAACGUAAAUGUAUCUUAUAAAACGAAAAAUACAAGACGACAUCCAAAGAUGUUCAAAGAAGAUGACCAUCUUUUUUCGCUUCGUACUUCACAUUUUCUCUUCGCAGUUCAAACAAAACCAAGUUCAUAGUAUGUGAAUUUACAAUAAAUCAUAAAGCUUGCUUCCAAUUAAGAAGAUACAAAAAGAAAAACAAAAGACACGAGAAGAAUUGUUCCCUGAAUCUAUCCGAAAUCGAACGAACGAAAGUUGAGCUAUUCGUGAUGAGUACAUGGAGCAUGAAAUUCGUUUGGAUGUGAAUCGCGACGGAGAAAUCGAACGGUUCUGAUAGAAGCUAUGUAAACGAGACAAGAUCCCGGGAACAAUCUCAAACAUGAAAAAUCGUAUGUCGAACGCGUCGCAAGAAUUCGUCGAGUUCUUCUCGCGCGUUGCCUGCUGGAUAUGGGAGACCAUCGAAAAGUUAUUCGACAUCAUUCUCGAUUUCUUGGCGAGGAUAAUCGAGCUGAUACUAGCGGUGAUGAACCUGAUUUUUCAGGUGAUCUGUUUCCUAAGGGAUCUCUGUAUCGAGGCCAUGCAAACAUUCGCCAACGUCUUUCGAGGGAUCGUUAACGUCGUUAGCAAUAUCAGCUGCGAAGAGGUCGAGGAUUUCGUCUCUGCUUGCAUCGUUGUUCUGCUUUGGAUCGUCGCAUUUAAACUCGUGCGGAAUUUGUUGCAAAACUCUCGAAUAGCUGCGUUUCUUAAACCACGACACACGAGUUUGAACAUAAACGACAAUAAUAAAGUAGAGAGGCUCGAGCCAGGAGUUUGUCCGGCGCAGAGGAGAACAGGGAAAAGGAUAAACCGACGUAACGGCAAGCGACCUCGAACUGAUCCUAAACAGGAAUUCAAUGAUUAG